UUGGGAUGAGACUCACUUUGGAAAAAUGGGAAGCUAUUAUAUCAACCGCACCUUUUUCUUCGAUGUGCACCCACCUCUGGGAAAGAUGCUGAUAGGUCUUGCUGGCUACCUGAGUGGGUAUGACGGGACUUUUUUGUUCCAGAAGCCUGGGGACAAAUAUGAACAUCACAACUACAUGGGAAUGAGAGGAUUCUGUGCUUUCCUCGGUUCCUUGCUGGUUCCCUUUGCCUACCUCACUGUAUUGGAGCUGUCCAAGUCCCUCCCCGCAGCACUGCUCACCGCUGCCCUCCUCACUUUUGAUACAGGAUGCCUUACUCUGUCCCAGUAUAUCCUCCUUGACCCCAUCUUGAUGUUCUUCAUCAUGGCUGCCAUGCUGAGCAUGGUCAAGUACAACUCCUGUGCUGACAGGCCCUUCUCUGCCCCCUGGUGGUUCUGGCUCAGCCUGACUGGCAUUAAUCUGGCUGGUGCUUUAGGGGUCAAGUUUGUUGGCCUCUUUAUCAUCCUGCAAGUGGGGUGGAACACCAUUUCAGACCUUUGGCACCUGUUUGGAGACCUCAGUCUUUCAGUGGUGACUGUGGGGAAACACCUGACCGCUCGCAUCCUGUGCCUCAUAGUGUUGCCGCUGACUCUCUACAUGGCCACUUAUGCUGUUCACUUCAUGGUGCUGAACAAAAGUGGUCCUGGCGAUGGCUUCUUCAGUUCUGCCUUCCAGGCCCGGCUUUCAGGCAACAACCUUCACAAUGCUUCCAUCCCCGAACAUCUGGCCUAUGGCUCCGUGAUCACCGUGAAGAACCUGCGGAUGGCCAUCGGCUAUCUCCACUCCCACAGACACCUCUACCCCGAGGGCGUCGGCGCCCGCCAGCAGCAG